CUUGCCACCCUCCUGCCUCAGCCUCCCCAGUGCCCAGUGACUGAUAGGCGUGCCUCUCCAUGCCUGCUGCUACUCGGCACUGUGCUCUGACGCUGGUCCUAGUGUGUCACUGGCUCCCCAGGAACCUUCUGGAGCCUGGAGUCAGAAACUGAGCACAAAGGUGAGGGGGAGAAUGAGCUUCCUCUCCAGUGGCCUCAGGCCUGCACUGCCCCCACCCCGCAGCGGUGUGUGGCCCGAGGGACCCUGCCCUGAGCCUGGCCCUGGUGCUGCUGCGGUGGCUUUGCGGGUAGCUGGCUUCCUGCUGCUUCUUUCGCUUUGACUCCCUCAGGGCGAGGGGUUGUGACACUUUUUUUUUUUUCAUCUUUUUUCUUGCUCAGCUUCAUCGUGCUCCGGGAAGGUUCAGGGUUCAGGGUGGCUGAGUCGAGGUUGUGCUGGACCUGAUGCUGCGGCUGGUGGCCCCGCUGGGUCUCCUCCUCUUGCUGCUGUCCCAGUGGAGUGGUGCCUACAGGACCAGUGACCGCUGUAUUCACGACCUGCCUUACGCCCACAGGAAUUCAGGCUCCCACUUGGGCCCCAGGGACCUCAGCUGCUACCGAGUGUUCAACAAGGGCGACUACAAGUGCUCCUGGCAGUACGAUGGCCCCGCAGAGGCGGUCAGCCACUUCCUCUGGUGCUGCUUCGUCGCCGCCGCCGCCGCAGGGUCCUGCUGCUACUUCCCAGCCGGCGCGGCCACCUGGCUGCAGUUCACCGACCAGGACGGGGUUCCGGUGCGCAGCAACGUCACGCUCUGGGUGGAGUCCCGGGUGGACAACCGGACGGCGCGGUCGCCAGAGGUCACGCUGCUGCUAAACAAGUGGGUGAGAUAUGACGCCCCUCCAAAAGCCCUCAGGACGUCCCUGUCGCGUGGGCUGCUGAGCCUGGUGUGGGAGGCCCCAGAGGACAGCGCCCAGCUGCAGCUCCGCCGCCGCUCGCCCCGCCGCCGCUCGUGGGAGCUGGGUGACUGUGAACCGCAGGAUGAGCCCGGUUUAGGUGACAGCAGCCACUCCAAGUCCUGCCUGUGUCCACUGGAGGCGGACAUGGCCCAGGAGUUCCAGUUCCGGUGGCGGCGGCGGCUCCAGUCUGGGGUCCCAGGAGGCCCCUGGAGCGACUGGAGCAGCUCAGAGUGCAUCCCCCCUGAAAGCCUCCCACAGCCUGAGGUGAAGCUGGAGGUGGCGGAGCUGGGUCAGAAUGGGCGGCGCCGGCUGACCGUGCAUGGGCAGUUGCCGCAGCCUGAGCUCCCUGAGGGCUGUCUGGGGGUCACACCUGGCGCCAAGGUCACCUAUCUCCUGCGACUGCACAUGCGGUCCUGUCCCUGCCAGGCCAAGGCCACAAGGAUCAUGUGCCUGGGGAAACGUGAGCUCUUCCUCUCUGGUGGUGCCUACGACGUGGCUGUUGUCACCCGCACCCGCCUGGGCCGUGGCCCCAACCAGACAUGGCACAUUCCUGCUGUGCCCACCACCACCCAUGCAGGUCCUGGGGCCCUGAAUGUCAGCGCAGGGGUUGACGGGACAGGAGUGCACUGGGAGGUGCGAGCCCAGGGUGUGACCCACUGCGUGGAGUGGCGGCUGCAUGGCCAGGACACAGCCCCCAACUGCUCACUGCAGCCACCACGGGAUCCAGGACCAGCAGGAGCAGUGACUCACAGCUGGAGCCCAGCCCCAGGAAUGGUGGGACAGGACCUGUGUUACCACGUCACCAUCCUCGCCUCUGUGCACCCUGAGAGGCCCACAGCGUGGUGGACUGUACUGUCCACCUACCACUUUGGGGGCAAUGCCUCAGUGGCUGGGACCCCACCGCAGGUGUGGGUGCAGAACCAGAGCGAGCGCUCGGUGGCCGUGGCCUGGGCCCCAUCGGCACUGCGCAGCUGCCCCGGUGUCCUGAAGGCCUACGUGGUGUGCUGCGGAGAGGACGGGGGCCGCACGGCAGAGAGACUUGUGUCACCCACCGAGACCCAAGUCACCCUCCAGGACCUGCAGCCCGGCGCCACCUACACGGUGCAGGUGCGCGCAGACACGGCCUGGCUGCAGGGUGCCUGGAGCCUGCCCCAGCGCUUCAGCCUUGCCCCGCAGGAGUCCCACGUGUCCGUCCUGUCUGCGUCUGUGGGAAGCUUUGUGACCAUCCUCCUGCUGGGUGCCCUGGGGUACCUCGGCCUGAGCAGGGCCACUAGACACUUGUGUCCGCCUCUACCCACGCCUUGUGCCAGUGCUGCAGUGACCUUCGAGGACAGCCAAGGGAGGCAGUGCGUGUGGACCAGCCCAGUGGACUUCGCGGAGGAGGAGACCUCCCCGCCAGAGACGUUGGUGGUGGAGAUGUGCCAGGACAGAGACGAAGGACCAAGGACGGAGCCGCCCCGGGACCUUCGGCUGGCCCUGCAGGACCAGAGAUGUGCCCACUCCCCCAGGGCCCCGCUGCUCCUGGGGGACCUGAGUCGUCGAGGGACUGGAGGCCCGUGGUGGGCCUGCGGGCCUGGGGACGAAGCGCCAGCGUCGCGCUGCGGUCCUGGGGCCGGCGAUUAG